CGCGGGCUACCCCGGAUGCUGGUGGGCGGGGCUGCCCGUGGCUCAGCCAAUCAGCAGCGCGGGUGUUGUCCCAGGAUGCUUCGCGCCGUGCCGGGCCGCAGCCAAUCAGCGCGGAGGACGCGGGGGGGACACGGCAAGGUGAGCGGCCCGGGGGCUCCUCUGCUCUCAGAGCCGCCGCUCCGCCCCGCAGAGCGCACCCCGCACAGGUUAAGCAAAAUGCAGGCUCCCGUCGCUCUGCUCAGCUCUCCAGCUCUGCUCCGGUGCUGCUCCAGGGCUCUGGCCAGCCCAGUGUCAGUGUCUGUUUUCAGCAGACCUGAGCUUUCCACUCUACAGCCAGCUGGGGUUCCCCACCCCCAGCCCCCCCGCAGGGAGCUCCAGACCAGCUCCAUCUCCAGGGACAUCGACACCGCUGCCAAAUUCAUUGGUGCUGGAGCUGCCACCGUGGGGGUGGCUGGGUCAGGAGCAGGGAUUGGGACAGUGUUUGGCAGCUUGAUCAUUGGCUAUGCCAGGAAUCCCUCCCUCAAGCAGCAGCUCUUCUCCUACGCCAUCCUGGGCUUUGCCCUCUCCGAGGCCAUGGGGCUCUUCUGCCUGAUGGUGGCAUUCCUCAUCCUCUUUGCUAUGUGACACCUCCUGCUCCUGCCCGGGGCCUCCAUCCCUCUGUGCUCUGCGGGUCGAGUCUGCUUCCACCAGAGACUUCCAGACUGACAAUUAAAGAAAAGAUUUCUCUAAAUAAACUGGUGGCUUUUUUCCUCUC